AUUAUUGGGUUCAGGUUUCGCAGCCGUAGACAGUGUAUCACGCUUACUUGGUCAUAGAAAGGGGGAGAAAUAGUUUAGAAACCAUGGCUGACGGCGAGGACACGCUCUUCAGUAAAAUCAUUCGCAAGGAAAUUCCUGCAAAAAUAUUUUAUGAAGACGAGCAGUGCAUAGCAUUUCAUGACAUUGCACCUCAAGCCCCAACACACUUUCUCGUGGUUCCCAGGAAACCGAUUGCUCAGCUGUCCAAAGCUGAGGAAGCUGAUGCAGCUCUUCUUGGACAUUUAAUGAUAGUGGCGAAGAAGUGUGCGGAGGAGAUGGGCCUCUCAAAGGGAUACCGGCUGGUUUUGAAUGACGGGCCCCAUGGUGGACAAGAAGUUUACCACAUUCACAUCCAUGUUCUCGGAGGCCGUCAGAUGGGCUGGCCCCCUGGUUAACCUUACGGACCAGAAAAUGUCCACAUGCAAAAAACAUGACUGGGCAUGCUUUCCUGGCUGGUUUCAGUGCUGGAUUAAAACCAUUGGCUGAGCAGCUAUGCAAAGGAUCACUGCUGGUCUUUUCAAUAGAUGUUUUGCAGCACUUCAAAUAUUAUUUUUAACACCCAAUUUUGACUACAUAAUUUAGUUAGAAUUAUGUGGCCUUCUUAUCUUAUUUAUACACAUAACUAAAAUAUGACUUAUAUAAUAUCAAGUAACAUACAAAGCAAAGCACCCAAUGGGAACACAGCUAGCACCUAAACCAGUUAAUAAACAGAAUGCAAUAUGCGCUCAAUCUUCAUAUAGAUUACUACUGGUACUCACUGAUAAUAUCGCUUCACCGUCUGUUUGCUGACCUGAAACAAAUAAUAACAAUAAAAAAAAAUUUAAAAAAAUUGUUCAAAACAAAGCAAUGUUUACAUCUGUAUUUAAAGAUUCCUGAAAAGAAUGUACCUGAGGUUAAGGAGAAAGGACAAGGGUCUUGGUGUAAUCAGAUGGAACUACCAUAGCGUAUAUUUGCAGAAAUUAACUUGUUUAUUGCCACAUUCUAUUUUUCUUCCAUGUGUGUUGAAUCUUAUAUAGACCCACUUGUGCAUUUUUUUACUUUUCAUUCAUUUUUGUUGCACCAUCUUUAACAAAUUUAGUGUUCAGUGUGUUGUUUAGCAGUAUAAGAAUAUAUACAUUUUAAAAGAUGAUAUUGUUUAAAGAUGGUGCAAAGUAGAAAUUACCUCAAAAUGAGAUAAUUUGUAUGUGUGGGUCUAUUCCAUAUACAUGGAAAAAAUAAGAAUGUGGAAAAAGAAAAGCUAAUUUUUGCAAACUUCAAGAGUAAGCAGGGUUCCGAUAAAUAUAGCGUUCCAUGUCCCCACGUGUUGCUACAACUGUUUAAAUAAUGUACCUGUAAUUUUUCUUUACAAUGUUAACAUCCUGACAACAUUUUACACUUAUAAGAUUAAAGUCUGUUUCAAAGCUCUUUUCAAAAUGUCUGCACUAGUGCAAUGAUAGUGUAAGGAUUAUUGCCCACAUUGACAGGUAACACAGCAAUAUGAUCCAUGAUGUGCUACAGAACAGAAAAUUAAGAGCACUUGUUGUGUCUUCCUGCAGUGAUGCAGAGGGCAGAUCUCAAACCCCAGUACACUAGAGCGGAUAUUUUGAAAAGAGCUUUGAAACAAAAGUUGUCAGGAUGUUGUCACAGAUGGUUCUGGCACAUCCCUUUUGUGCUAUAAGUCAUUAGAUCCUUUUGCAUGGAAGGCCUUGGUUGCAAGGGUGUGCGGUUCUUUGAUGGACCCAGAUUUAGUUAAAAUGUGUUUGCCCACUGAUGAUGGGAAUGAGAAUGUAGAGAUGGGAGCCCAGCUAAUAAGAUUGAAGUUUUUGCAGGUAUCAAGUAAAGACCAUAGUCGCCCACACCCGUGAUGUAAAACGCAGGAUGCACAGGCCUGUUGUGGUGUUCGUAGAGCCACUUCGAGCUGAGCCAGGAGGAGAAUUAAAAUCUUGCUGGGAACAAGCUGACUUAUUAGAUAUGGACUGGAUGCUAUAGAAUGAAAUACAUUGCUAAUAGUAAUGUUGUAGGAUCCUGUAUUUUGUAUCCUUUUGAAUAAGUCUGUGUAAGGUCUGAAAAAGAGAGCUUCUAGUAUCAAAAGGUCAGGCCAACCUGCUGAAAGUUCCAAGCCUCCCUUAUCGGGCAACAGCAUAUUUUUAAUUAGACUCAGAGCCUUAAAACAUUCUGAUCCAGCGAGAGCAGAAUGGCAAACUAUUGAACAGAGUUAAUAUGCCAAAAGCAAUCGAACUAGGUUUGAUUAUAGUAAGAAAAAAACAAAUUAUUUAAAUAAAUAAGAAACCUAAUAACAUUAAGAAAAUGUAUGAGCAGUCCUACGUUUUAAUAUUCAAGAUUGCAUUUGCCACCAAGCAGGUGCCUAAUUAAAAAUUAACCUCUUGCCUUCUGUGUAUAUCAAUGAAGUAAAUUAAAAUUGCAAUUUAUAAAAGAGAUUGCUAUAUUGAAGUAUCUGAAUUAGAAAUACAUGUUAUAAAAUCAUUUAAAGCAUAUACUUUAACUUUACAUACACAGUGAACCUUACCUGCUGGUAGUAAAAGCAGUGUUGAAGAUGAAGAUGGUUUUGGCCAAUGUAGCAGGGUUUUUAUUUUUCAAUGGUCAGCAAUUUAAAAGUCAAGAUCCUCUCUAUAAUGAGCGAUCUCGUUACUAUUAACAAACUAAAUACCUUUCAGAUAAAAGAAGAUAGGAGGUUAUAUUAAAAUAAACAUUUUCUAUAUAUAACAGAAAUUAAUUAAGACCUGGCAAGAAGAAAUGGGAAUGAAAAGCGUAGGACAGGUUUACUGUGUGAAGUUAAAAUCUGAUCUAAAAGAAUGAGUAUUAGAAAAUGCUUACUGUAGUGUUUCAUAUUAAUCAACACCAAAGAAAUUGGCAAAAGGCUAUUUAAGGCUGUCUUAAAACCUGCUUCAACUGAAUUUUGUAUGAACAGAGAAAGAGGUCAGAUUUAGUUCAGUCACUGUAAAACUAUUGCAUUCUAACAUGUUAACAAUAGAUGAAAAUAACUGAACUUUCCAUUGAAUGCUUAAAUGACUUCAAAACAGAUCAAUGGAGUAAAAUACAAUUAUUGAAGUAUCUGAAUUGGAAAUAUAUGUUAUGAAGUCGUUUAAAGUUAAGCUUUUGAAGACAGUUGUUAUUUUUCAUAUAUCCUACACUACACUUCCAUAUACUGGAAGGUAAGCAUAUAUUUAUAUAUCGUUUAUAUUGGUUGCAUUGCUAUAAGGUAUAGGAUUUAUAUUUUAGCUGUGGAGGGUGAUAUAUUGUAUGUUGUAAGACGUAGCUGUGGCAGCUUUAGCUUUUUGCAUGUUACAGCUUGAAGGUAAGCAUAUGAUAACCAUAUCUGUAUUACUGUAUUGAAGUAAUGCUGUUAAACCUGUAAAGGCACUGGAAACGCCCAGACUGCCUAUUAGCAGGGAUCCUAGGUGGCUUGCAACCACGCGAUCCAUUUGAAGCAUUUAAUAAACCGAAAGGGCACUACUACUGGUCUGAUUCGUUAAAACUUCAAAUUAAAUUAGUCUGUGUGAUUUUCUUGACUAUUAAAAUGUUGUCUGGAUAUAUAGCACGCCCAGUGCACGAACAAAACCACUUACAGGAGUUUAAAACAUCUCUGUCCUCCUUAAACGUCUCCCCUGAGUUUAAGAGUGUGUUCAGAGCAAAAAUAUAAAUACAAAGAGCAUGUGCAUUUCUGAAAAUGUUAACGAUGCAAAGAAAAAGUACAGGUACGUUAUUUAA